AGCUUAAUAUGUUCGGGUUGAUAACGUAAAGCAGAGCAGGAGUAACUACAUUACUUGAUAAAGCUCACCACAUUGCUAAAUCAGUUCUCCUAGUGGAAACGGAAAAUGUUUGCAGCAGCUGUGCUCUUCUCUUUGCCUUUUGUUGUUGCCUCUAAAAUCGGAAGUUUCUGCGACCAGAACACUACGUGUGAGAGUAUAUUCGAGACAUGUUCAGAGAGUACACACACCGAGAAACAUGGUAAUAUGUUCGGGUACUGUAAAGAGGUUAACCUCUUCGACCAGUGGUGGCUCCUUCUUGCUACUUGUGUAGUUUUGGUGACGAUAAUAUCAUCAGUCACUCACUGCUGGUGUAUCAGAGAGAUUAUCAAAGGAUAGCACUCCGGACCCUAACAACAAAUCACAGCAGACCUAGUAACAGUAACAGUAACCCCUCCAGCUGACUAAUUACUACAUCAUACCUUCUGCCAUCACCAUCCUGUUCCUGAAGAUAUCAGGAACACAGGAACACAGAUGUAUCAUAAAAGAGUAUAAUCACAAUAUGGACCGAACUUAGACAUUCUAAAGGUCUUAGAAUAUUGAGACUAUCAAAUUUGGUUUAUAUUUAACAGUAUUUUGUAGAUCAGAACAGUCAAAGAACCGUGCGUCCUUCAGUUAGUUGGAAACAGCUGUCACUGUACGGGUCCAGCACCGGUUUAGUCGCGAAAUUAAAUGUUCCAAUCAGAUUAAAUCUGAACUUUUCACACCUCAAAAUUUACUACAAUCUCUUGGCUAUUAAAGAAUUAAAACAGUUCGUGAUUUCCAGUCUACUUGACACGAUGUUCCUACUGCUGAUCACUGCGACAUGGGGCGUGGCCCUGGGCCAGGAAUACUACCCUGCUGGAAACCCCAACCGAGAGUUCUACGUGAUAGCUCACAUGGUGAACAACGAGAAUAUUGCAACAUGGGCCAUGAGAUCUGGAGCUAAUGCUCUUGAGAUAGACAUACAGUUUAACCAACUCACGGGACAAGUAACGGACGUUCACCACGGUAUCCCGUGUGAUUGUACCUGUUACCUCAACAUGUUCGGAGGAUCUGUUUGUGACUUUGAGGGGGUUUGCACUGGCCACACUCCCCACCAGAGGGUGUUCCAGGCUAUAAUGGACGACGAUUAUCUGCACAACCUUGCUCUGAUCUACAUUGACAGUAAGAUAGUACCUUUAACCCAGAGUGUACAGGCUCUAGCAGGCGUGGAAGUAGUGGAGAUGCUGGAAAGAGAGCUGUUCAGCAAAGGUUACCGUGGCAAGGUGCUCAUUGGGGUUGGAUCUGAUAUCUACUUGAAAACUACAGCAGAAAGAGCCUCCAGAUCAGCCUGGACCCAUCUCAUCUACUUGACAUACGACAUGUUCGACACCACCCUGGGUGCCCUGAAGACCAUGAUAGAGCUGCCGUACCCCAACAAGAUAUUCUCCAUCGGUCUGACAGCUUGUUCCCCCACUCAGUACUACUGGGACACAACAAUAGCUGCUGUUAACAAGGCUAAAGGUCUCCUCUCUGACGUUGUAGCAUGGACAGUGGACAGUGAGGCCAGUUGGGAGGAGUACUACAUUGCAGGGGCCAGAGGAAUGAUCACCAACUUUGUUCACAACAUGUUGGACUGGGUAGCUAGAAAGGGCCUGACACUUACUCGACCUGUACUUCAACUUGGAGCAGAUUCUUUGAACCCACUGCCGGAUAUAAACAAGAUUAUCGCAGAGCAGGAGAUGGUAACAGAUAUAGGAUGGUGCGACUGUGUGUACUCAGCUGGGGGCUGCAGUAUCUACACACCGGCCCCAGCUUACAGUGCCUGCAGGUGUUUGUACGAUGCAGCCUGGCAGUGCUCUGGUCAGGUUGUAGGAUGUGACCAGUCCGACCAUCCUCUCUGUGUCAAACCGGACAAGAGUGUCCUGUCCUGUGCGCAGGGUGGAGGUGACUGUGGGGGCUACAUCAACACUGAACUAACGUGUGACUGUCAAUACAGCCUCGGAGGCUGCACAGUCUACGAUCCUGCUCCACCAGGCUAUGCCUGCCAGUGCUCUUACGACAAGUUCUGGAUGUGUUCCGGAACCCUGACCCCUUGUCGGGACCCACACUCUGAGUCCUGUUCCUCCCCGGAUACCUCUAUCUUCUCCUGCCUGCAGGGUAAGGGUGAUUGUGGUGGUUACACCGACUACACGUGUGAGUGUAGUUACGGAAGUGGAGGAUGUACCAUCACCAAACCCUCUCCACCGGGCACUGCCUGUAGAUGUGACUACAAGGGAGCAUGGACCUGUUCAGGUACAAUAGUUACCUGUAAAAACGACGAGGCGGUGGACUGUGUGAGCCCGAGUACUAGUAUUGGGAGUUGUGUCCAAGGAGGAGGGGAGUGCGGAGCUUACCCGGAGAAAUGCAAAUGUGGAGUUAAAAACGAGGGCGGUUGUUUCAUCACCUCCCCGGCUCCAGCCUACACUGCUUGUAGCUGCGCAUACAGCUCCUUCCCUUACUUCAGUUGUACUGGUUACGUGGCCCCUUGUGGAGUGUACCACUCUGCUACAUGUGCCGAACCCGACACAACUGUAGACUCCUGUCUUCAGGGAGGAGGAAACUGUGUGGGCUAUAAAGAACAUGUGGAUGUUUUCUAAAAAUUCUUAUAUUUUUUACAGUAAGACUCUACUCUUUUGAUUACAAAUAAUUUC